AUGUCCACCAUUCCGAAUAAUAGAGAUGAUAUUGUAUUAAUCGACUCGGAACCCGAACGUGAGAAUGAUGCACCAAGAAGCUCAGAAGAAGACGCUCCACCUAGGAAAAAAUUCAAAAAUUAUGAAGAUGCUCGCGGUCCGUUGGUUAAGCCGUUUAUGCAUAGUACCUCGGACAGCGACAAUAAAGGGAGUGGUGCUGAAAGUCUGAGUGGUGACAAAAGCGCGGAGAGCAGUGAUAGCCUGGGCAGUAGUAAUAGUUCGGGGAGUGAAAGUAAUCUGGGUAGUCUGAGUGAUGUACAUUCUGGAAGCGAGUAUACCCACUCACUUUCGGCCGACUCGAGGCUAUCUUCGAAAAAACCAGAAACUGAAAUUGAGGGAUCACGAGUAAUAUCGAGUGAUCUGGAGGAUACUUCUACAGGAACAAGUUCGAGUGAUUUGAAUCAUAUACCCACUCACGUUCCUCCGGCCAGAGAGAAUGAAGAAAUAGAGGCUACCAGAGAAGUGAUUUCUGAUACUAGAAAGUACCUUAAACAACACGGAACUAUGGAAUUUCUUGAUAAAUACUUACCUACUACCGCAUCUAGCCUGGACUUGUUACAGUUAAUAAAGAAAUUAGGGUUUUUCCCGAAGGACAUCCCUCCAUUCAAUGAUGGAGACAGGCUAAUUGGACUUAUUAAGCUACUACAUACUGCCAUGAAGAAAGUAAAUUCUAUGAGAUCCAAAUUAGAUGACUUUUAUUGCGUAGAACAUGUGGUUGAUCAAAUAAAAAAGGCCAAAAAGAUAUUAGUGGUUACCGGGGCUGGUAUUUCAACCAGCCUAGGUAUUCCUGAUUUUAGAUCUUCGAAAGGGUUUUACUCUCAGCUACAGCAUUUAGGGUUAUCGGAUCCUCAAGAAGUUUUCGAUUUGGAUUUCUUUCACAGUGACCCGAAUAUCUUUUACCUGAUUGCGUAUAUGAUUUUACCACCAGAAAAGUCUUACACACCGUUGCAUGCAUUCAUCAAGCUUUUGCAAAAUAAAGGAAAAUUACUCCGAAAUUAUACUCAAAACAUCGAUAACUUAGAAAGCAAUGUGGGUAUCAAGCCAGAAAAGUUAAUUCAAUGCCAUGGGUCAUUUGCUACAGCAUCUUGUGUAACUUGUAAGUAUCAGGUUAAAGGUGAGAAGAUCUUUCCAAAAAUCAGGGAAAAAGAAAUACCGUAUUGUCCAAAAUGUAUGAAAGCCAGAAAAAUAUUGGUCAACAAAGAGGACGCAUAUGUCCCUGAAAGUUACGGAGUCAUGAAGCCUGAUAUUACAUUUUUUGGCGAACCAUUACCGACGAGAUUCCAUAACAUGAUAAGACAAGAUUUGAUGGAAUGUGAUUUAUUAAUUAGCAUAGGAACCUCUUUGAAGGUCUCACCAGUGGCUGAUAUUGUUGAAAGAAUUCCCGAACAUGUUCCUCAAGUAUUGAUCAAUAAAGAUCCUAUUGAUCAUUGUAAUUUUGACGUCAGUAUUCUAGGCUAUUGUGAUGAUACUGCUAAUUAUUUGUGUAAACGUUUGGGCAAGGGUUGGGAACUCGAUCACCCAGAAGGUGUAAAGGCUUAUGAUAAAGAGCUAUUCCAAAUCGUAACACUUAAUGAAAAUGAAGGGCAAUAUUCGCUUGUCAAUUUUAGACCAGAGUUAUACGAGGCCCUUGAGGAACAACGUCAGGCGAAAAUGAAAGAGGGAAGUCAGUAG